AUGCCUAAAACUAAAAAAAACAAAAUUUAUCAAAAACCUACUAACGAACAACUAUCAUACUUGCCCAACAAAUCUAAAGUUUUAAAUACUUAUAAGUCAACAAAAAACUGGAUAGAUAAAUUUCAACAAUAUCGUUCUGAUGUUGGUUCUGAUAAUGCACCAGAAGAUAUUGAUAAUGUUCAAGAACUUGAAGUUCAGUUAUGUGAAUUUUUUGCCGUUGCCGAAAAAGGAGAUGGAUCACCAUAUUCUGUUAAUUCACUUUUAGCUGCUAUUCGAGCAAUUAACAGAUUUUAUAAUUCAAGUGUUAGCAAGAUAAAACCUGUUAAUUUGUGUGAUCGUCAAGCAUUUCCCGAUCUUUGUGAGAUAUUAGAUGGAAAAACUAAAGAUCUAGCUGAAAAAGGAUAUGGCGAAACACAUGGAUCAGAUUCAUUAUCAUUUGAAGAAAUUCAAUCUAUACUACAACAUGAAGCAACAUCUAGAAAUACUCCUGAAGGAUUGUUGUAUCGGAUCUUUUUAUAUAAUGCAAUUUUUUUAGCUUUAAGGGGUGGCGAGCAUUACACAUUAAUGUUAAAAAAUUUUCAAAAAAGAAAAGAUGGAGGCUUCGACGUAUAUAUUUAUAAGUCUAAAACUAAUCAACGUGGGUUAGAUAACCUUGGCGCUGCAGAUAAAAUUUCUAUCCCUGUUGAUAAUUCUGUAAUUAUUGAAGAUUAUGAAAAGUACUUUUCAAAAAGGCCUGUUAAUGCUGAUCCCGGAUUUUAUUUACACCCUAUUGGUACAAAAUCUGCACCUGAACGUAAAAUAAAUGCAUUUAUGCGAAUAUUGGCUGAAAAAACCGGAAUUAAUUGUGAAGACCGCAAGAUUACUAACCAAGCAGGUCGUAAGACCCUUGUGCAACGGUUAAAAGACUUAGGCACUUCUGAUUAUGAAGUUUCAACUAUUACAAGACAUCGAUCUUUAUCAAGCCUUGCUCGUUAUGAACGGCCAAAGGAUGGUGUUCAGAAAGCUACAUUAAAUAGUUUAAUGACAAUUUUAGAAACUCCUGACUCAUCAUUAGAUGUUCAAGUUCCUCAAUCUAAUAUGCUUCCUACUACUGACUCAUAUAAUCAAUUCAGAUCUGCAAGACAAAUUUACCAAGCGAAUCAUGCAUCGAAACUGCGAUCAAUUCCACCACAA